CUACAGUGCUUUUCCUGCCUUUUUGGACUGCGACUUGGUGCUACACCUGCCUUUUAACAUCUGGGUUUAUUAUUUUUUGGCUUCUCCUUUGUUCAGAUAAAUCCAUCUCGUCUGAACAAGUGUAAGAGACAGCCAGGGUCUCCUUAGGGAGACCCCCUUGGGGUACCCCGGCCUUGAGCCGGCCCCUACAUUUUUCAAGAUCUGAAAAGCUCCUUUAACAGGUUUUGAAGAUGAACAAGACAGAGAGAAUUCCAUCACUCCUGUCACUGUACUCCGUCCUGGAGGAUUUCAGGGUGGAGGAUACAGAUUUUGAGGCCCUCGCCUCUUAUUACGAACAUCACUACCGGGUCCAAUAUGGGAGCAACGUCAUCUUAGAUCAGUUUAUACUGCUCUACUUUUUGGACCCGAGCACAAUCAAUGGGAACAUUAUCCAUUACUGGAUAAUGAUUUACUAUCUGGAAGAGCUCAAGAGGGAGCAUGCCACCCUCUGCAUUGAUGUGUCGCUGUCUCCUGAGACACCAACAGAGCAGCAAAUAUGGAGGCAGCAUCUGGAGUAUCUGCGGCUGCAGAAUACUGUCCAAUCUCACCUUCUCCAGCUUGGCAUGACAUUCUCGGAGAAGGAGAAGAAACUGCAGGAAGCUGCUCAUCCUCCGGUGGGGGAAAGGCUGACCCUCCGAAAACGGGUCAGGAAGGCCAUCAUGAAGAGGCUACAGAGAGUUUGGCAUUCCACCAGAAAACUCGCCUGCUGUCAUCGAUCCACCGACAACACCUGAAUCCUUUUUACUUGUCCUGCAAGUAUGUAACUGUGUGUGUAUAUGUGUGUCUAGCCAUGAUCCAGGGUGUAGAACUGACUGCCAUUUCUAGGAGUCAGGA